UCUGGCCCCGCCCUCGCCAUGGCCCCCGCGCUGCUGCUGGUGACCGCUGCCCUGGCCGCCUUCGUGCUGGCCUUUGGCACCGGAGUAGAGUUCGUGCGCUUCGCCUCCCUGCGGCCGCUCCUCGGAGGGGUCCCGCCGGCCGGCGGCCCUGAUCCCCGUCAGGGGUGGCUUGAUGCCCUGCAGGACCGCGCCGUCCUGGCUGCCCUGGCUUGGGACCUGGGGCUCCUCCUGCUGUUCGUGGGGCAGCACAGCCUCAUGGCCACCGAAGCAGCGAAGGCGUGGACGUCCAGGCACUUUGGGGUCCUCCAGAGGUCUGUGUACGUGGCGUGCACCGCCCUGGCCCUGCAGCUGGUGAUGCGGAACUGGGAGGCCAUACCCAGAGGCCCUGCCCUGUGGGAGGCUCGGGCGGAGCCAUGGGCCACCUGGGUGCCUCUGCUCUGCUUUGUUCUGCACGUCAUUUCCUGGCUGCUCAUCUUCAGCAUCCUUCUCGUCUUUGACUAUGCCGAGCUUAUGGGCCUCAAACAGGUGUACUACCACGUGCUGGGCCUUGGCGAACCACUAGCCCUGAAGUCUCCUCGGGCUCUGCGGCUUUUUUCCCACCUGCGCCACCCAGUGUGUGUGGAGCUGCUAACGGUGCUAUGGGCGGUGCCCACCCUGGGCACUGACCGCCUGCUCCUCGCUCUCCUCCUUACCCUGUACCUGGGCCUGGCUCACGGACUGGACCAGCAAGACCUCUGCUACCUUCGGGCUCAGCUACAAAGAAAACUCCACCUCCUGUCCCGGCCCCAGGAUGGGGCAGCUGAGUGAGGUCCUAAGACUGUUUCCUCUCCUUCCCCGACUUCCAAGCCCACUGGACACCUGUAAUCCCAGCUCUCUCGACAAGGAGGCUGAGACACCAGAAUUGCCCUGAGCUCGGGGCCAAUCUGGGCUGCAAAGCAAGACCCUGAC